GAUCCUGGCUUUUUCUCACACACACAGCUUUACCAACUUGCGACAGCUCAUCUCGGCCAGCAGCUCAUGGCGGUAGCAUCAGCUGUAUCGAAAGCGGUGGCGCCGCUGCUGUGGUUGGUUUACACCGCCACCAGCUUCUCCGGCGCGGCGGCGGCGGCCACGUGGUGCGUGGUGAGAAGUGAGGCGAGCGACGAGGCUUUGCAGACAGCUCUAGACUACGCAUGCUUCGCCGGCGCCGACUGCGCGCCGAUUCAGUCUUCCGGGCUGUGCUAUCUUCCGAACACCGUGCAAGCCCACGCCUCCUAUGCUUACAACAGCUAUUACCAGCGCAACGCCGAUUCCGCCGCCGCCUGUUCUUUUUCCGGCACCGCCACCAUCGCCACCACCGACCCAAGUUAUGGAUCUUGUGUAUAUCCAUCAUCUCCGAGCACGGCUGGAGGAAUGAUUGCACAAGGAGGAGGGAUGCCUGCAGGCACAACCACACAAGGUACAACUCCGGCGACUAUCAAUGAACCACCGCCACCACCGGGAACCACCACCACUACACCUUUCUAUGGUGGCGGCGGAGGCCUAUAUCCAGGCAUGGGACCCGUAGUACCUUACUCUUCUACGCUUAAUGCUUCGCCCCAUGUCUCGAUAGUAACACUCUUGUUUAGUUUCGGUUUCUUGCUUGUUUUGUCAUUUAUUUUCCAAAUCGUUUGAGAAUCAUUUUCGCUGAUGUUAUGUUUUGUGAAAGACGACUAGGGUUAGCACAAUUUUGUGUAGCAAUAGAUCUUUUGGUGUGCUCUCCAUCACCUUCAAAUUAAUUAAGCCUUUGGAUUGAUUAUUAGGGAAUUGAAGUCAUUGUAUUCUCAAGUUUUGAUAUGAUAUUUGUUUCAGAAAA